UGUGUGAGAGAGACGGUGUACAUCUUCUGAGCAGCAGUUUUGCGCGAGCGCGGGAGGAAUGAGGAGAGAGAGCGAGAUUGCUGUGUGUGUGUGAGUGAGUGAGUGUGUGUGAGCCAGCUUUUGCCGGGAGUCGCGCGAGUGAGUGAGUGAGUGUGUGUGUGUGUGUGUGUGUGUGUGUGUGUGUGUGUCGCGCAGUAGAACUUGUAGAGACAGGAGCAGGAAAUGGCAGAGCGCUUGGAGGCUGCAGUGUGAUCACCAUGUCUCAGGCGAUUUGCUGCACGCUGCUAAACUGUAGCUGCGACAGUUUCAGACCCGGAAAACUGAAACGUCGUCAGUGUGAGAACUGCAGGCACGGAUGGGUCGCUCAUGCUCUGAGUAAGCUGAAGAUGCAGCACACUUAUGAUGGAGGUCAGGUGGAGAUCGUCCACUCGAACGUGGUGUUUGAUAUCUGCAGUCUGAUGUUGUACGGGACGCAGGCCAUCCCCGUGCGCCUCAAGAUCCUCCUCGACCGUCUGUUCAGCGUCCUGAAGCAGGAUGAAGUCAUCAAGAUCCUCAGCGCACUGGACUGGACACUGCAGGACUACAUCCGGGGAUACGUCCUGCAGGAUGUGGCUGGCAAAGUGCUGGACCGCUGGGCCAUCAUGACCUUCGAGGAGGAAAUUGCGACACUGCAGCAGUUCCUCCGUUUUGGAGAGACAAAGUCCAUCGUGGAGCUGAUGGCUCUGCAGGACAAAGAAGGUCAGGCGAUCAUUGUGCCGACGGUCAGAGCGAACUCGGACAUCCGGAGCUUCAUAGAGAGCAGCAUGCAGCGUCCCUCAGUGCCGUCCACAACAGAGCCUCUGAGCAGAAGCAAUGGGCACCACUUUGAGAGUUUGGUCAACAACAUGAGCUUCAUGCUGCCUUUGCAGUUGCUUAACUCUGUUCCUGCACCACUGCUCAGGUCCAGAGCAGAUUCCCGCCAGCAAGAGGUUCCGGCACGACCCGAAAUCCUGGACUCAAACCCCGACACCUCCUCUCACUUCACUUCCGAUGCAGAAAGAGAAGACGUACCCAUGGAAAGAGCGAGCACCAAUUUAGAAUCCGACGAUUUCACACUGAGCGAUAACUAUUCCUCACCGUCGACCCCUUGCACACCCUCAAUUAGCUCUGAUAUCGCCCAGGGGUCACCUGAGUCCAAAGUCCGUCCAGGAGUUGGGAUGAAAAAAGGGCGUGUUUUCUGCAGCGCAUGUGAAAAGACUUUUUAUGACAAAGGAACACUGAAGAUACACUACAAUGCUGUUCACCUCAAGAUUAAGCACAAGUGCACUAUCGAGGGAUGCAACAUGGUCUUCAGCUCGCUGAGAAGCCGCAACCGGCACAGUGCUAACCCAAACCCUCGUCUGCACAUGCCCAUGAACCGAAACAAUCGCGACAGGGACAUGAGAGACGGACUGAGUCCUGGGGAAGAGGCAGAGAAGCGGGACCUUAGCAGACCUGUCUCUAGCUACAUCAGCAAUUCUGAGCCCAAACUUCACAGCUCCUUUCCAAGCAUCAGCCACAGUGGAAUCGUCUUCCCCAACUUGAAGACAGUGCAGCCAGUGCUGCCUUUCUACCGCAGCCUAGUAACACCUGCUGAGCUUGCCAACACACCUGGAAAUCUGCCCUCCCUGCCUCUGCUGUCCUCCUCUUCAGUGCCUGUGAGCAUAGGAGAUGUGGAUAGCAAUGCUGAGCCUGUGCCCAAGAAGAAAUCCCGUAAAUCCAGCAUGCCCAUAAAAAUUGAGAAAGAUGAGCUAGAAGAACGAAGCAGCUCCAAUGAUGAUGAUGACGAUCCUCCUGCUAGCAAGGCCUGUGAAAUGGACUGUGUAGUGAAGACAGAAUGUGAUGAACAUGGUGUUGAUCAUCCCUCAAUCCAUUCUUCUGUUCUCAACCAUUCUUCCCAUACAGAAGAACCACAAACAGAGAAGAAACACCAAGCCCAGGGGUGCAGUCUCACCAACUCAUUGUCUUCCUUCAGCAACAUGCAAAGAGACUUACAUGAAUUCGAGGAACAAACAUGCAGCGAAGUCUUGGAUCUCCAACCCACUGAGGAAGUGACACUAAGCGAACCUAAUCACCUUGAGACUGAGGUCCGCACCGAUGGCGUUAAAGACCUACAGAUGUUAGCAGAUGAUGAAGACGAUCUUCUCCACCACUGCGAUAGUUGCAAUAAAACCUUUAAAAACUCCUACAGUGCCAGGAUGCAUUACUGCAGCGUCCACUUGAAGGAAAUGCACAUGUGCACCGUGGCAGGCUGUAACGCUGCUUUCCCGUCCCGCAGGAGCAGAGACAGACACAGUGCAAAUUUGAAUUUACACCACAAGCUGUUGACCAAAGAUCACUACAUCUUCACUCCUUCCUGCAGAGACCUCUGCACUGAUUCUCACCCCGAAUUACCUCCUAAAGAUCCCCUGAGCCAGACCUCUGUUAUCUUCAAGGGCACAAACCGCAUGGGCCUAGUGUUUCCCAUGAGUAAAUCCGCUGAGAGCGUCAAGGAUCUGGUGGAGGACGAGGCCGUUUUGGACCUAAGCACCAGAGGAAGUGGUCACUCUUCUUCCUUGGACUCGGAUGUGGGCAGCGAGGAGGAGCUCCCCCUGGAGGACAGCGAUGAGAACGAAAGUUGCGACGGGGUGAAUUCAAGCUUGGUCGGUCUCGGGCAGCAGGUUAACAGCUCGUCUUCACCCAUUACCUGCCACGUCUGCCAAAAGGUUUACAGCAACAAAGGCACAUUCAGGGCACACUACAAAACCGUGCACCUUCGGCUCCUGCACAAGUGCAAGGUACCAGGAUGUGAGACCACGUUCUCCUCAGUCAGAAGCCGCAACCGACAUAGUCAGAACCCAAAUUUACACAGGAACCUUUCGAGCAACAGCACCACCACCAAUCAGGAGUAGUUAUUUAUAUAUAUAUAUAUAUAUAUAUAUAUAUAUAUAUAUAUAUAUAUAUAUAUAUAUAUAUAUAUAUAUUAAUGUACCCUAAAGAUAAGCACUUGUUAGUGUGUAAGUGCAAAGGCACAGGUCUUUAUAUAUAUUCUACCUAAAAUUCACAAUCAUUAACUUUUACCCUGAGGAGGUUCAGAAGAAUUUUCACUUAUAAUUUACAAAUUGUGGUUUAUUACUCAGUAAAUUCAAAUCAAUGAAAAAGAUUUGUGAUGUGAAUGCGUGCAAAAAAAAAAGUAAUGAACAUCAGGCAAGUUGGUCUUACUGAGUUGUUGAUAUGUUAAGACAAAACACUUGAUUCUACAGGAAAUGGAUUCAGUGGCAUUAAUGGCCACAUAGGCACCACCUUGAGCCGAGACUCUGCAGCCUGGUGGAAGACGUGGAGGUGAAGGUUUCAGAAUGUCCAUGAAAAGCCACACCGGGAGACUCUACAUGGUUGCAUGAUAUGAUUUCAUUUGCUUUUUUUUGUUAUUUAUUCCACUGCAGUUGAAUUGCGUACAGAUCAAUCGAACGUAUAAAGAGACCGUAACCGAUACAUGUUGACGUCAUUACAGAAUGACGUGUACGACGGAAGCUUGACUCAUCGUGACAAUAUGAGGUGGUAUUAAAAUAUUUGGAGACUCGCUCUGUUUACAAGAAAGUACUUUAUUUAUCUACGUUUCCACACUUUCACCUUCAAAAUAGUCUCCUGCACAGCAAUACAGUGCCUCCCAGUGUUCCUUUCGAACAUGUCCUGGAAGUCAUCUUUUCAAAGCAUGUGAAGAACCUUCUGCGACUUGUGCUGGAUCUCCACAAUGGUGUCAAAACGGCAACCUUUCAGCUGCAUCUUCAUCUUCGGGAAGAGGGUGAAGUCCGCAGGAGCCAAAUCUGGCUAGUGGGGUGGGUGCGGAAGUGAGCUCAUGUAGUUUCAUGUGUGAGGAGGAGCUCGGCGAUGGAGUGCUUAUGUGGUCGCACUGCUCCCGAUGCACACUGGAUGAUGUCUUUUGGCACACUGACUUAUGAAGGUCGGUGCUCCCUGUGACUGUGCGUGCAGCCUUUUGCUGCCAUCUGUUGGCGUGUUACAAAACUAGUCUGGAAGCGUGUUGAUGCCACCUCAUACAAUGUUAUCAUAGCAAUUUAUCCUGAAGCAGAAGCACAUCGCGUUUCAUUUGUGUGUUCACUACUUUAUAAAUAGCCUGAUGGAUUCCAGCACUGCUAGCGUUCGUCCAUUGCAGACUUUUUACACUGAGAACACUGAUAUGGCACAUUUAUUUUUAUUAUUUUAUUGUUGUUCCUUUGGUUACAAUCCCGGCAGCAUGACAAUCACUCUGUAUACGGAAUCAUUAACACUAAAAUGUGUAGGGCAACUAAACCUAGCAGCGGUGCUAACACGGAAUGAAGCUGCUCAGCUAGCAGUAAGUCUUUUAACAAGAAAAUUACAGGGAAGAAACGUCAAUGUAACCUGAGACAGAAAGAGAAGGACGGCUUUCUUUUCAGGCUAGCAGUAACAGUAAGUCCACCUGAACUAGCAGAACUCCAACAGCGUAUAUCGAGUACAGCAAUACAAUUAGCAUGAAAGCUACAUGCGAUUAUGGUAAGAUGCUAAUUAGAGUUUGUUACAACUGCUUUUGAUUGGAUAAUUAAAUAAUUAAUAUCCUUAUACUAAACCAUCGCUCAUGGAAAUCUGUUGAUCAUGUGACACAAGUUUUUGUGCCAAAUAAUUUGUAAUUUUUUUACUUCUUGAAAGUUUACGUUACGUUACAGCGAUCAUUGCAGAAGUGGGCGUGUCCUCGCCCUGCUGCACCUCGGUAAUGACUCACUGGACAGAUUACAGGGUUGCACCAAAUGACUGCAACCCGCUGUGUUAGCAAACACAAGAUUAUUAGCAUGACAGUAUAGUAUAUGAACACUCAGAACAGUGGGAGGAGAGUGGGCGGGGCCUGUGUGGUCAUUAACAUAUUCACAGCUAGUGAGGACCAAAUGAUUUUACUUUAUCUUAUUUUCCUUGUGAUGUAAGAUUUUCUUUGAGCAUGUGAGCAUUUUUUUUACAGUAGCCUUGUUAGCAAUUAUGCUAGGCUUCAUUUGCAUAAUAAUAAAAAACACAAUGAAAUGAUUCAUGAGAUAAAAGUAGGAGGUUUUUCACUACUAUUAACAGACACUCCAUCGAAUAAAGGGUGGAGCUAAAAAAAAAAGGAAGUAACGCAUUGUUAGGUCAUUAUUUUGAGUAACAUGAAAUGGACAUCCUCUGCACCUGUGACCUCCAAUAACAAAUAACCAAAAGUAUUUGCACAUAGUGUCUAGCCCCGCCCCUUUUCUCCUCACCCAGCAUUACUGACCAAAACAUCUCCAUUGUGUGUACUUUACUUUCCUCUGGUUCCUGGUCAUGUGACUUGAUUUGAAUGAAACCAUACCUUGUGAGUUUUUGUGUGUGUGUGUCUGUGUGUGUGUGUCUGUGUCUGUGUGUGUGUGUCUGUGUGUGUGUGUGAAGGUGCAGGAUUCACCUGGUGUGUGAUGGUCAGUAAUAGAAUGCAGUGAUGUUUUCCUCACAAUUGUCGUUUUACGGUUUCGGGAUAAUUUUUGUAACAUUCCAUGAAUUCUGUUGUGUCGCUGUUGUGUAAAUUAUUGUACAGUGUUGUGUUUUUUUUUGGGGGGGGGGAGAUUAUUUGUUCCUAUAAACACUAAAGCUGACCAAAGAUCCUUCAUUAUAAACGAGCAGUAUUAAUAAUAACAAUAACAGGAGGAAUAACUGUUACUGAUGCGAUCUGUGUUUGUAUUUUGCAAGAUUUGUUACCAUUUGAAAAAAAAAACUGGAAAAGAUCUGUGUAUUGUUGUGGCGUGAAUUUGGGCGUGUCGCUGGGCGUGUCUCUGUUGCUGGGCGUGUGCUUCACCAUGCCUAACCUUUUCAGACCUCCACCUCCUCCAAUCAUCUCUCUCAGCUCUCCUUUAUAGCUUUUUAUAAAUCUGAACAAAACCUAGCUUAGCAAUUUACCACCAAACAUGAUAUCUUACCUCAUGUUGGCUAACGUGCUAGUGACAUUUGUUAGCUUCUUAAUCACCAAGGCAGGAGCUGGCUAGCUGACAAACUUUAUUCUGCUAAACUUCUACUAUGUAGCUCAUAUUUUAAACACCACAUUAAGCUAAAUAAAACACGACUGAUGAUGAUGAUGAUGAUGAUGAUGUUGAUUGGUUAAUCAGAUUUAACUUUAGCUCUGCCCACAAUGACCCAAAUAUCAUGGCUGUUUUUAUUUCAGCAAUAUAAGCUAAGUUAGCAAACACAACACUGCACUAACAUUAGCUCGCUAACCAGCCUGAUUAGCUGAGCAGUAGCAGUUUGUGUGAACUGUAUGGAACAACAAGACAAACUGACUAAUUAUGACAGUUUGGCAGCAUUAGCUAUGCUAGAUAGCAGCCUAGCUUGUGGAUUUAAGGUGAAAUAUUUUUGACAAUUCAGCACGCUUUACGCUACAUACAUCCAGUGCGCGCCCAGUUACACUUGAAAUGUCAAAAUUAAUAACCCACAGUUUUUACAGUAUUGUUGUCGUCAUGUCAUACUGAUGCCACGUUUUCUCAUAACUAUUAAAAAUAUUCAUGUUUUUAUUCUUGGUUCCUUGUGACAAAAUAAAAAGCCAUGAUUUCAGAGUCUGGA